AUGCCGCCUACACCAGAUUCCGUAGAUGCUGACCAUGUGUAUGAGGAUCCCGUCGGUCAAAGCAUCUCGCGCAAGCCGCGCAGAGCUGGCAUUUGGGCUCUCCUCGCGUUGGUGCUACUGGUGAAUCUGGCCGCCAGUCUCUACCAGCUUCCCCUUAGCAGAGUCAUUGAACGUCGCCUCUGCCGCGAAUACUACGCAGUCACGGAUCCUUCAGUGAUCGAUAGAGAUGGAAGCGUCGCAGAGGGCCUCUGCAAGAUUGAUCAUGUUCAGCAAGGUCUUGCCUGGAUUCAAGGAACUAUGGAUACCGCCUGGAUUGUUGGUGACUUCGUCAUGACGAUUCCGUUGGGGUUCCUCGCGGAAAGGUACGGUCGGCGCCUCAUUCUCUGCCUCAAUCUCGCGCCCCGCAUCGUCAUGUUAGCAUGGGCCGUUAUCGUGGGCUACUUCGAACAGAGCCUGCCAACCAAAGCCAUGAUUUUAUCCCCCUUCUUCUCAGUACUUGGCGGCGAUUGUGUUUUCAACUCAAUCACAUAUGCCAUUGCUUCCGAUAUGACAGACGACCACGUACUGAGGGCCACAUACUUCGGGUGGAUGAGCUCUGUGUCCUAUGUCGUCAACCUACUCGGCCCGGCUCUCGCAUCAGCAUCUAUGAGCCUUCUUCUCUGGCUCCCGUUCUGGAUCGGAAUCGGCCUACUUCUUCUAGGUAUCCCCGCUGUAUCCCUCUUGGAAGAAUCACCCGACGGCCACCUUGACGCGGACGACCAAGCGAGACCUCUCCUUUCAUCUCCAGUCCUGAAAGCCCAAGACGCCGACUCAUCUCUCCUGAGAUCCAUCUUACAACGCUUCGGCGUCUUGAGGUCCAUCGUCGCAAGUCAUCCUCGCAACAUGACCCUGCUACUCAUCAGCUUCGUUCUCACCUCGCUCGCAAGCUCGGAUACGAAGCUGCUCGUGCAAUACAUCUCGAAACGAUAUCAUUGGACUUUUGCGUCAACAGGCUAUCUUCUCUCAGCCAAGGCUGUCGUCAACUUCACGCUGCUGACGGUCAUCAUUCCUACCAUCCUACGGUCAAGGCAGCAUAGGUCGCGGCACAUACCGCCCGAGCUGGUCAGUCACCGGAUGAACAUCCACUAUGCGAAUAUCUGUUUGAUCGUCUCCAUCCUCGGCGCUCUCGCCAUUGCCGUAGCCACCCGCAUCUGGAUGAUGGUGUCAUCAUUGUUUCUUUACGCUCUCGGUUCGGCAUUGCCAGUAUUCACGCUGUCCCUACUAAAGUCUCCCUUCAUCUCACCAAAGCGGCAUGACCAGCUGGUCAACUCCGCAGACCCAGAAUCGCACAUCUUCUCCAUCGUGAUGAUGGUGAAGACAUUGGGAUCGCUCUUGGGCGCACCACUGAUGAUGGUCUUAUGGGUAAAGAGCAUAUCCCUCGGCGGGGCAGCCUUAGGAAUUCCGUAUCUUGUAUCUGCCAGUUGUUAUCUUGCUGCUUUGCUCGUGUUAGGUCGCAUUACAUCGGAUUAA